CUCGUCAGCCCUGACUUCACUUGUGACUUCCACACACACACACACACACACAGUUAGCAGCAGCACCACGCUACAACCAACUCAUCCAACAAUAUCCACACUCCACAGCCAUGGCAGAUCCAAGAGUAAGACAAAUAAAGAUCAAGACUGGCAUCGUGAAAAGGCUUGCCAAAGAGGAGCUUUCGUACGAAAACGAGGCAAAGCAGCAGGAGGAGACGGUUGAGCGCAUGAAAGCGCAGGACGGCGAGGAUUAUAACAUUAAGAAACAGUUGGAGAUUUUGCAGGAGUCCAGAAUGAUGAUCCGGGACUGCCACCGCCGCCUGGCCGUGGCACACGCAGAUCUGAUGCAGUUAUUAGAAACAGAAGAGGAUUUGAACGAAGCAGAGGAGUACAAAGAGGCCAGAAACAUAUUGGACUCAGUGAAGCUUGAAGGAUGAUUCCUGCUCUCUUUCUGUUCUCACUGUGAGAUUUCAACUCGCUUUUAAAUGUUCAUUCCUUUCGUCGGGGCCUCGUCUGCAGCAGCGCAGCUAACCUGAAUCCGUUCUCUUUUUCUUGAUGUAAUUAUUUCUACUGUUUGCUGUUAUCAUGUCGCCACAUCUGAUCAAUCCACCGCUGUGUGUAAAAUCCCCAAAGAACACAUGAAAACAUCUAGCUCAGUAUUUUUCUCUUCAGGUUUUACCAGUCUUACUAACACACUGUCUUCAUAGAAAUGAUUAAACAUGCACAUGCUUA